AUGUUUGAAAUUUUCAAGUUUGUCUAUGUUGUAGUUAUAUUUCUUUCCUUAUAUAUUCUCUCAACGCUUAUUGAAUGUGAAAUUGACCUCGAUUGUCCAAAAUCCUAUAUCAAGCUUUGGGACAAAAAUUAUGCUCAUAGGUGCGUUAAUAACAUCUGUGAAUGGGUUAAAAAGCCUCGAAUAUAUUGAGUGUAAGAAAAUUCCCUAUAGAAUAGAAUGUUUUAUUGUGCUAUCAAAAUAAAUGUGCAAUAUACUUUAUGAUAGAAUAAUCCACGAGUUGUCAUUGACUUAUUGUAUUGGCACCCAAUCAUUUUAUUAUAUCUUUUCUUACCUAAUUUCAUGAACCUUGCGUUUAUGAUUUUUACUCUCAAAUGAGCGUAAGGCAUCAAAGUGUAUUAUUUAU